UGUCGUUUCAGCAACAAACCAACUGAGAAAUACUUGUCAGUUUCCUCUCCAGCCAGUAACGACACAAAUGGCCAACAAAAGAGACCGCCGAGUCGCGCCGAGUUCGAACCGCGGCAAAGACCGAGUUGAAUUGUCGGAUCAAUCCUCAGACCCAAAGCUCACAAUCACCUUGGUCCUCUCCUUCUGCGUAGCUGCAGCAGCCGCUGUGCUCGCGUACCGCAUCAAAUAUGCUCAUCCGAUCACGAACCGUGCGCAGUCUUACGUGCACCAGCGAGGCCUCGUUAAGAUUGAUGUGAAUUACCAAGAGAUCCUCACUGAAAAUGCGAAGGUCUCAGAAAAUACGACUGGCAGGCACUAUAAGUACCCUGUAUUGGCCUACAUCACUCCAUGGAAUUCCAAGGGCUAUGAUAUGGUGAAAAGGUUCAACUCGAAGUUUACACAUUUAUCUCCCGUAUGGUAUGAUCUAAAGAGUCAAGGGACAGGCUUAAUUCUGGAAGGUAGGCAUAAUGCUGAUAUGGGAUGGAUCUCAGAGCUUAGAAUGGCAGGAGAUGUUUGGGUAUUGCCUAGAGUUGUUCUGGAAGCAUUUCCAGCCGAGCUGCUGACAAAGAAGAAGCAGAGGAGUAAAGCUAUUACUCUUCUAGUAAACGAGUGCAAGGAAAUGGGAUAUGAUGGUAUCGUGCUGGAAUCUUGGUCAAGGUGGGCAGCUUACAGGAUUUUGCAUGAUCCAAGCAUGAGGAAUUUGGCAUUGCAGUUUAUAAAAGAGCUUGGAGAUGCACUGCAUGCUGUGACCUUAGAGAGGAAUGAUAAGCAACGGUUGCAGUUGGUUUAUGUUAUAGGUCCACCACAUUCAGAGAAGCUCCAAGAGCACGAUUUUGGACCUAAAGAUCUUCGGAGCUUGGGUGAUGCUGUGGAUGGAUUUUCACUGAUGAUGUAUGACUUCUCGGGGCCUCAAAAUCCAGGUCCCAAUGCACCUCUGAAGUGGAUUCAUUCAACCCUGCAGCUGCUCCUUGGUACUGAUAAAAACAGUGCUCUGGCCCACAAGAUAUUUCUUGGCAUCAAUUUCUAUGGGAAUGAUUUUGCCCUCUCCGGAGGUCCAGGUGGUGGUGCUGUCACUGGAAGGGAUUACCUGUCCUUGUUGGAGAAGCACAGGCCUGUGAUGCGAUGGGAAAAAAAGAGUGCAGAACAUUUGUUCUUUUACUCUGAUGAUGAAUAUAACAACCACGCUGUGUUCUAUCCAUCCCUGAUGUCAAUUUCCAUGCGGCUAGAGGAAGCUCAUAAAUGGGGAUGUGGAGUCUCGAUAUGGGAAAUUGGGCAAGGUCUGGAUUACUUUUUUGAUCUUUUGUGAUGCAGUCCUCAUUUGAUCUUCUACACGUAACAAAAUUUUGUUCAUUUUGGGUUGAACUUUUCUGUCCACGGAAUAACAAAGUUUUAGUUAGAGGUGGCAAUAGUUUGAAAAAUUCUCAGGUCACUACAUUUGAAGAAAAAUAAUAAUACUAGGAUUACAUCAUCUUGUAAAGAAUUUUAUGAUCAUAUGGAUGAAUGUAACAGAUUUGGUUUUUCCUUCUU